UUUAUUAAGAGUUCGCUUCUAUGUAUCGAGUGGCGCGUAAGUAUUGGUGUUCGUGGGUAUUACGCUACGCGUCGAUUUGCGUUCGUAUUUGUGCAUUUUUAUGUGAUUUAUGUGAAUGUGUUUGUAUUGUGUACCAGGUAUUUCAAGCUGAUUUUAACCAAUGAUGUUCGAUAUUAAAGGACAUUUUAUUAUAGUGAUGUACGCUUCACUUCUACAAAACCAGAUAUUGCUGGUAAACCUUCUUACCCGCGGGCCUUUAAGCGCCGCUCUACCCUAUAUAGGCACAAAACAUAGUAGCUUUUCAUGUGUAAGUUUGGAACACGAUAAGAAUGGUCAAAAUGGUGCAGAUGAAAAUGAUGAGCACUGGAAGAAUCACAACAAAUCGAAGAGAUCUAAAAUAGAGUGCGUUUGCGUUGUUUACUUUUCAAAUUCGGUGCAAUGCAGACCUCCAACAUCUUUACAAAUUGAAAAGCAGAUAAUAAUUGAGUUGCCCGAUGAGCUUGUGAAUUCUGAACAACAGCAAAACGAUGCCCAUGUGAUGGAUGAAAUAGUUAAAAAUUUCAUUUUGAAUGAACAAAAAAAUAUGGAAACGAAUGAGCAAAAAAAUGAGGAAAAGAAUAACAAUGCUAAAACAUACGUGAACGCAAUGAGUGUUACUGAUGUCGUAGUUUCUGCUUUGCCAGAUACGGUAGGUGGAAGUUCUAGAGAAGGCGACUUAGAAUUGAUACCGCAUGAUAAAGUGAUAAGCACAAGAAGCGAGAUUUCACCUGAACAUGUUAUACUCAUUAGCCCUUUAAUUAAUCGUUUACUAAAUAAGCAAGCUCUUCCUGAACCACAAAUUACCAAUAUAUUUAAAUCAGACAAUAAGAAGUCCCAAAUUAAUAAUCUUCAACAUUUUGACAUGGACAACACUGUAUACAAUAUUCAUCACUUAAUGAGGAACAAAUUAUCACAGUUUAACAGCGGACUCUUGCCUCAAGGUGUGAUUUCGAAUAACAAAAUUACAACAAAACGACGUAUGAAAUUGCCUUUGAUUUACUAUAGUCCAUUCAUUAGCGAUGAUCAAAUUUUGGAUUUACCAAGCGAUUUUGAGAAUCUUGCAGGUUUUAAUCCAAAUGAUUGUUGUGGUGAGAGUCCGUCGCAACAAAGUGAUGUGUUGGACAGAAUUAGCAGGGGAAUGAAAUUCGAUCAGGCAAACAAACCGAAAGCAAAUUCGAAGAUGCUCAGACACGAUAUCUCGGGAAAGAGAUUAAAUGAUAAAUUCAAUGCCGAAAUGGAUACGGAAGAGGUAGAUGCUGAUAUUAUUAUGGAGAACAUAUCUCUAAAUGGGCCUGCGGCAAAUUAUCGUUCCGAUGGGCAUAGCCAACACGGUUAUAAAUAUAAUGAGCUUCCUGAAUUGCGAAUCAGUAAUCCAUUUGAAAGAACCACUCCUGCUCCACCGCCCGUGCUCAACAAUGAUGGUAUUUACAUCAAUAAGUUAAAAAUUCGAAAGGGCGGUAUUGCUAUAGCUGGCCCGAAUGGCGUUGCAACCGCAGGGAGCGGCGGAACAGCUAUUGUGGGACCCGGAGGUUUAGCCUACACAAAACCUAACGGUCUUGCUGUUGCCGGACCCGGGGCACGUGUCAUUUCCGUCCCCAGUUCGACAAACUUACAUGAAUUCUUCAAGAAUGUUGACACUUUGGCUCAAGGCAGAAGUAAUGCUGGCGACUUUCCCAUUCCUGAAGGUGCGCGUAUCGUAGCUCUCGGACCAAUUAUUUAUUACAACAAGGAUGACAAUAAAUUGAUUACUACUAUGAUGAUAAAAGGUUUGACUGACGACUCGAGAAGUAAUAUCGUGAAAAGACCAUCUGAACAAUUAGUUUUGAAUCCUAACAUAAGAAAUGAUGCUUUUAUUGAUCUUAUUUUGGAACCUUCUGCUACUUCAGUAGCUGGUCCUUACGGCAAGGCAAUAGCGAUGCCUAUAUCAAGAGCAUUUUUGAAACAGGGUCAUAAUACUAGAAUUCAAUUUAGGCCUAGUUCAGUUGCAAUUGUCGGACCAGGAGGUAUAGCGCACGCUGAAUCUGUAUCUUAUUAUGGAGGUGCUAAAGGUCAAGUUCUACAAAUAAAAACUUCGCCUGAUGGAUCUGUUAUAAGUGAAAUCGUCAAGCAACAAAAUGUAGACAACUUAGAAUUGAAUGACUAUAGGCCACAUUUACCAAUACGCGUGAAUUCUCUUCUGCCUUCGGCGGUCGAAAAAGAUAAAUAUAAUUUUGCUCAAAACCUUAACUCUAUUCAGUUAUCAGCUAAAAAAUUAGUAGAUUUACAGCAAAAGGUGAAGCAUUCUGGCUAUUUAUCUGAUGAACAACAGAAGAUUUAUGCAGAAAAUUUAGAAGUAAUUGGUAAUUCUGCUCAGAAAUUGGUCAAUGCAGAAAUAAGCGCAACGAAACUCGCUGGAGAAUCCAAUCUGAUGGAUUCUGAUGAAACGGUAAAGCAUCCUAACAGAAAUCACAAAGAACAUGAUACUGAUGAAAACAGCGAUGAUAGUGUACAUGUAAAUAGUCCUCCAGAUGAUGCAUCAGUUGCUGAAGCUAAACCCGUGGGACUCGCUAUCGCUGGUGUCGGCGGCGUGGCUUCUUCGAAGCCAGUAGCAACGGCUAUAGUCGGCCCGGGAGGUUUGGCCGUGGCGAAGCCGGUGGCCACAGCAAUAGCUGGCGUUUCGCCUUCGGUAUGUUCAUUAAACUUCCAGCUGAACCAUCAUUGUAUAAAUGCAUUUUAUUCGCUGUUAUUAAAAAACUUGUCACCUGGUCUUUUAUACCCCAUAUGCGAGAAACAAGUACGUGCAGCCUUGAGUGUGACCGGUUUGCUUUUGUCGUUCGCGGCGUGCUCGCUCGCCGCUCCGCAGCCGCAGCCGCCCGGGCAGCCUAGGAGUCGCGAAGAAAACGCUAGACAGUUCAUCUUCUUUAAUCCAAGAGCGAGCCUUCAAUCAGUCGGAUUCGCCGAGCCGCUGAUACCAAUAACCAGCUUGGACAGUGUGCAAGAAGCAGGAGGAGAAUCCUACCUCUAUUUGCACCCAGACCAACUAAAAGAUCAAGCUAUCAUUCAACCACAAUCAGCUGUAAGUUUUAGUGGGGUUCCACAAGAGGGACAACAUUUUAUUCUUUAUACUCCAGGUUUGAAACAAGGUGCGCCCGGAUAUUUAGAGCAAAUUGUAAACUUAUUCAGUGGCCUAAAUCCAUUUAACAACCCAGCGGUUCAACAACAGAACCCAACAAACGAUGGUACAACACCUGCUCCAAUAGGCCAAGGGGGACUUAUUCAGCAAGCCGCUUCUUGGCUGACUUCCAACAACCCUUUCAGAAGGCCGACCACAACGCAAAAACCUCCAGCUCAAUCUACUAUCGAACCAUCUCUUGAAACAAACGAAUUAAGAGUUACCGAGAUUCACGAUGCGCAACAACCCCAGCAACGUUUUCAACAACCCUUGCAAAAACAGCAGGAACUGCACCAGAAUCAACCUUCUCAGGAACAACCAGCGCAAAUAUCUCCAGAACAAUCUCAAAGUGGCGGUCAGUUGCCAGAACAACGUUUCUACAUAUUGAGCGGCCAACCACAGUUUUUUGGAAGUUAUGAAUUUGCAACGAAUCCUCAUCAACCUUUGUUCAGUCUUCAACCCUUGCAACCUAUAAGACCGGUGGUAUCGCGAAUGCAGCAGCUCCAACAGCCUGAACAACAAGCGCAACAACAAGGCUCCGAACAGCCGAUCCAAAUUCAAGGUCGGUUUCAGCAAGUUGGCGUUCCAAAUGAACUAGUCAGCAAUGAAUAUGAUCAGCAGAGAGCUGCUCCAUUUCAACAUCAACAAGAACAAGUUUAUCAAGAACCAGGCGGUGAACCCGUUCAAGCUAUACAAGGUAUAGGUACACAAUUUGAGCCUCAACAGGACGUUUCUGUGCGACUUCAAGCUUUUUCUGGAGAACCAGAAAAUCAAUUGCAACCAGAACAACCGAAACCAGAGCAAUUGCAGCAGCCUUUGGUGAGUGCUGAUGUUCCCGGCGCUGCUGCAGGUGAGUUUGCUCGAUAUCUUGUGCAAAGGCGUAGGCCAGUAGACCAUCCAGCUGAAAUACAGAAGCGCUUCAGUGACGAAACUGACCUUCCAGAUGUAAAACAAGAGCAAUUAAAUUCUGACGAUUUACCUGCAGCUGACGAUCCAAGCGUGUCACAAGCGAAACCAAUGGCAAUUGCUGUAGCCGGUCCAGGCGGAGUCGCUUCGGCUGCUCCAGUCGCAUCGGCUCUCACGGGGAAGGGCGGCCUAGCAUUGUCUUCGCCUUCAGCUACUGCAAUCGCCGGACAAGAUGCUGAAGCAGUUGAUGAAAAUUGA